UCCAGCUCCCGCUUUAUCACACACAUACACAGGUGCUGCUCUUUGCCAACUCUUACUCGCACACACACACAUUUACAACUCACAAACUUAAAAUAGGAUCAUAGCUGGUCCACUUUUCUGGUGCUGAGGAACUUGACAUUUUGCCUUCAUGGAGGAUUACCACAAACCAGACCAGCAGACGGUGCAGGCGCUGAGGAACAUCGCCAACCGCCUCCGGAUCAACUCCAUCAAGGCAACGACUGCAGCAGGCAGCGGACACCCCACAUCAUGCUGCAGCGUGGCAGAGAUCAUGUCUGUGCUUUACUUCCACACCAUGAAGUACCGCCCUGAAGACCCGAGGAACUAUAACAGUGACCGCUUCAUCAUGUCCAAGGGUCACGCUGCUCCGGCCCUGUACUCCAUGUGGGUUGAAACAGGUUUCCUCAAGGAGAGCGAACUGCUCAGUUUGUGCCAGGUUGACUCUUCCCUGGAGGGCCACCCAAACCCUAAGCAGCAAAUUGUGGAUGUAGCCACUGGCUCUCUGGGACAGGGUCUUGGUGUGGCUUGUGGAAUGGCUUACACUGGGAAAUACUUUGACAAAUCUAGCUAUCGUGUGUUCUGCCUGCUGGGGGAUGGCGAGAUGUCGGAGGGUGCUGUGUGGGAGGCCAUGUCAUUCGCCUCCUACUACCAGCUUGACAACCUGGUGGCUAUCAUGGACAUCAACCGUCUGGGCCAAUGUGACGCUGCACCCCUGCAGCACCACGUAGAGAAAUACCAGAAGCGCUGUGAAGCUUUCGGCUGGAAUGCCAUUGUUGUGGAUGGACACAGUGUGGAGGAGCUUUGCAAGGCUCUUAGCCAACCACGUCAUCAGCCAACUGCCAUCAUUGCUAAAACCAUCAAGGGCAAAGGCAUUCCAGCUGCGGAGGAUAAGCUGGGAUGGCAUGCAAAAACUCUGCCCAAAGACAUGGCCGAGAUGGUUACGAAGGAUCUGCAGAGUCGCAUCAUGAACAGCAGCAAGCACCUGUACCCUCCUUCCCCCGUAGAGGACUCCCCCCCCGUCAGCCUGAGGAACAUCAGGAUGCCGAGCGCACCCAGCUACAAGACUGGCGAAAAGAUAGCCACACGCAAGGCAUAUGGGAUGGCUUUGGCAAAGAUAGGCCGCUACAAUGAACGUGUUGUGGUCCUUGAUGGAGACACCAACAACCUCACCUGCUCAGACAUCUUUAAGAAUGAGCACCCUAACCGCUUUGUGGAGUGCUACAUUGCUCAGCAGAACAUGGUGAGUGUUGCCAUGGGAUGUGCUGCCCGUGAGAGGAACGUGGUGUUUGCCAGCACUCUUGCUGCCUUUUUCACCCGGGCCUAUGACCAGCUCCGGAUGGCAGCCAUCUCUGAAUGCGACAUCAACCUGUGUGGCUCCCACUGCGGCCUGUCCACUGGAGAGGAAGGCCCCGCUCUGAUGGCGCUUGAGGACGUGGCUAUGUUCAGGGCUCUUCCCACAGCCACCGUAUUCUAUCCCUGUGACGGUGUGUCUACAGAGAAGGCUGUGGAACUGGCUGCAAUGACUAAGGGUGUUUGCUACAUCCGAACCAGCCGCCAAGACAGCGCCAUCAUCUAUAACAGCAAUGAGGACUUCCAUGUUGGAGAGGCUAAGGUGGUGUACCAGGGCAAAGAUGACCAGGUGACCGUGGUUGCAGCUGGAGUGACUUUGCAUGAGGCCCUGGCUGCAGCUGAACACUUAAAGAAAGAGAGGAUCUCCGUCAGGGUCAUUGACCCCUUCACAAUCAAACCACUGGAUGUCAAAACCAUCAUCGAUAAUACACGUGCCACCAGGGGACGAAUCCUCACCGUGGAAGACCAUUACUAUGAAGGUGGCCUCGGGGAGGCAGUGUCCUCAGCAUUGGUCAAUGAGCCUGGCCUUAAUCAGAUCCGCCUGGCAGUGUCCCAUGUCCCCCGCAGUGGCAAACCACAUGAGCUGCUCAAGAUCUAUGGCAUCGACCGGGACUCCAUCGCCCAGUCCAUCCGCAAGAUGCUCAGCAGCUCCACCAACGCCAAGUAAAUGUCUCCCUGCCCCACCCACCUAUCUGAUCACACCCCUGCAGAUGAAGAUAAACAGUCAAAUAUGUUUUAUUCACAUGACACCCAGCUCUUCACUGUGAAUCCCCCUAAGUAAGUAAUGUGAUUUUGUGCCGUACACUUUAGAGUUCCACUUUUGCCUUUCUCUCUUUCAAGCAUCCAUAAAAUCACAUACAAGAACAGAAAUUCACAAAUUCAAAAAGACACCAUUGUCAUGA